AUGAAGCUUAACAUCGCCUACCCCCGCAACGGAACGGUGAAGCAGUUCGAGGUGACGGACGAGGUUCUGCGCCGCAUUACCCUCACGGACUACCGUCUCGGCAAUGAGGUGGACGGCGCCAUCUUUGGCGAGCCCUUCCAGGGCUACACCUUCAAGCUGCAGGGCGGCUCUGACAAGGAGGGAUUCCCAAUGGUGCAGGGUGUGAUGGUCCCCCGCCGUGUGCCGCUUCUCGUGAAGCGUGGCGCCGUUGGUUUCAACUCGUUCCGCGGGUACCAGGGCGAGCGCCGCCGUAAGUCCGUGCGUGGGUGCAUCCUCGCCAACGACAUCGCCGUGCUGAACAUUAUUGUCGUGAAGGUUGGACCACAGCCGAUUGAGGGUGUCACCGACGUGUCAAUCCCCCGCCGUCUCGGACCAAAGCGCGCGAAUAACAUCCGCAAGCUCUUCAAUCUCUCACGCGAGGAUGAUGUGCGCAAGUACGUUAUCCGCCGCAAGGUGACGAAGGAGGGCAAGAAGGACCGCUUCAAGGCACCGAAGAUCCAGCGUCUCAUCACGAGUGCAGUGCGGGCACGUCGCGCCAAGAAGUCAAAGAUCGCCAUUGAGAAGGUCCGCAAGUCCGCUGAGGAGCGCCGUGAUUACCUGCGCCUCGUUGGUGCCCGCCGCCGCGCCGCUCGUCAGCGCAAGGCCGCCGUUCACCACACCCACAAGGUGCAAAUGCAGAAGCAGGAAGUGGCCGUGUUCAAGGCUAAGAAGUAA